CCUGUGUCCUGUUACUGCUGAGGCAGACCUGCCUGGCCAGCUGAACAACUUUCCUCCCGAGAGUGCUGGCCGGCAGAAGUCGAGGAGGCAGCCGCGAGAGGCUGAGUGGCCACCCGCUGGGGGGACCCUGCGGUCCUUCCGAGAGAGAGCUCUGUGCCUCUCGGUCCAGGGUGGGGCUCCCGCGACCAGGGUCCAUGGUGGAUGGCUCUGGGACUGCUCCUGACGCUGUGCCAUCCCCCUACAAGUCAGAGAGGGUCACUGCAGAGGCUGCGGGGGCUGGGGCGAGGGAGCCCACUCUGGAGCCCCAUGUGGAACCGAAGGACACAGCCGCCCUGCUGAAAGCAAGGCGGCCCAUCCCUUGAGACCGUGACCUCGAGACGGUGGCGCUCGGCCCUCUACCUCCGACGGGGGCGGGGGCCGCCCACCUCCAAGUCCCCGACUAUGACAACCUCUGCGCUCCGUCGCCAGGUGAAGAACAUUGUGCACAACUACUCUGAGGCCGAGAUCAAGGUGCGUGAGGCCACCAGCAAUGACCCCUGGGGCCCGCCCAGUUCGCUCAUGUCGGAGAUUGCUGACCUGACUUUCAACACGGUGGCCUUUGCCGAAGUUAUGGGUAUGGUGUGGCGGCGGCUCAAUGACAGCGGUAAGAACUGGCGACAUGUAUAUAAGGCUCUGACACUGUUGGACUACCUGCUCAAGACGGGCUCGGAGCGCGUGGCCCACCAGUGCCGCGAGAACCUCUACACCAUCCAGACGCUCAAGGACUUCCAGUAUAUUGACCGUGAUGGCAAGGACCAGGGUGUCAAUGUUCGUGAGAAGGUCAAACAGGUGAUGGCCCUUCUCAAGGACGAGGAGCGCCUGCGGCAAGAGCGAACCCAUGCUCUCAAGACCAAAGAGCGAAUGGCCCUGGAAGGCAUGGGUAUUGGCAGCGGGCAGCUAGGCUUCAGCCGCAGAUCUCGGGGCUCCCCCUCUUCUUACACGUCCGCAUCUUCGUCCCCGCGCUAUGCCUCGGACCUGGAGCAGGCACGGCCCCAGACUUCUGGAGAGGAAGAGCUGCAGCUGCAGCUGGCCUUGGCCAUGAGCCGUGAAGAGGCUGAAAAGGGGGUGAGACCCUGGAAGGGAGAUGACUCUCCAGUGGCCAACGGCGCAGAACCUGCUGGCCAGCGUCGACGGGACAGGGAGCCUGAGAGAGAAGAGAGAGAGGAGGAGAAGCUGAAAACUAGUCAGUCCUCCAUCCUGGACUUGGCUGACAUCUUCGCACCUGCCCCGGCCCUGCCUUCCACACACUGCUCUGCUGACCCAUGGGACAUCCCAGGUCUCAGGCCGAACACAGAGCCAAGUGGCUCCUCGUGGGGACCUUCUGCAGACCCCUGGUCUCCAGUUCCCUCUGGAAAUGCCCUGUCCCGAAGCCAGCCUUGGGAUUUGCUUCCUACUCUUUCUUCCUCUGAGCCCUGGGGCAGGACCCCAGUGCUGUCUUCUGGACCCCCCAUCGCAGACCCCUGGGCACCAAGCUCCCCUACCCGCAAACUCCCCAGUACUGGAGCAGACCCUUGGGGGGCCUCCAUGGAGACCUCUGACACCUCUGCUCUAGGUGGUGCCUUGCCCUUCGACCCAUUUGCCAAACCUCUAGAAUCCACAGAACCCAAGGAGAGCCAGGACAGUGCCCAGGCCCUGCCCAUGGGGAAGUCCCCCAGCCCUGUGGAGCUAGACCCAUUUGGAGACCCCAGCCCCAGUUGCAAGCAAAAUGGCAUGAAGGAACCUGAAGCCCUUGACCUGGGUGUGCUAGGAGAGGCACUGACGCAGCAGCCAGGAAAGGAAGCACGCCCCUGCCGGACUCCGGAGUCCUUCCUGGGCCCCUCUGCCUCUUCUUUGGUCAACUUGGACUCACUAGUCAAGGCACCCCUGGCUGCAAGGACCCGGAAUCCCUUCCUGACAGGUUUGGGUGCUCCGUCCCCAACCAACCCGUUUGGCGCGGGCGAUCAGGGCAGGCCGACUCUGAACCAGAUGCGUACCGGCUCUCCUGCGCUGGGCCUGCCGCCCGGGGGACCGGUCGGGGCGCCCAUGGGCUCUAUGACCUACAGCGCCUCUCUGCCCCUCCCGCUCAGCAGCGUGCCGGUCGGCGCGACCCUCCCCGCUUCAGUCAGCGUCUUCCCGCAAGCGGGAGCCUUCGCUCCGCCGCCGGCGAGCUUGCCUCAGCCACUGCUGCCCACGUCUGGCCCGAUGGGGCCGCUGCCCCCGCAGGCUGGCACUAAUCCCUUCCUCUGAGACGCUUUAGCGCCUGCGCUCGAGGCCCCACCUCCUCGAGGGCGGAUCGUGCAGGUUGAGCACUGAUCUGUGGACCCCUGACAUAUCCUGAAACCCAGCUAGGGACUGACCGCGUCUUGGGGACGAAGACUACACCCGCCUAAUAAAGACUGGAAUCUUCAGCUCUUACCAAGUGGACUUUUUGAGGGGUGUGGCAGCUGGAUCAGAACCCCCGCACCCAUUACCUGCCCAGGCAGAAACUCCUUGACAAUCUGAAUUCCCUCAUAGCCUUCUCAACCCCCACUUCCCUUUCCUCUCGGCCUGGUGCCCCCCCCCCUUUCAAGCUCUCAAUCAUUCAGGCAUUCGUCCAUCACACACUCCUAAAGUAAGGGGUGACAGCAUUUGCUCGUUCUUUAAUGCGCUAUGUGCCUUAGGCAGAGAAUUUCACCUAAUCGUAUUCAAGGAGCCUCGGCGUUACUUCAGAGUUUGUAAAGCCCUACCUAAGCUGGAUAUGCAGUGCUCUCUGUCCAAAACUGGGUUAAGAAUUUCAAAACAGAGUUG